GAUUUUCAGAAACCUAGUUUUACGUCUUUUAUAACAGCAGAGUUUGUCAACUUGACAGUUAUGAUUAUCCGAGUUUCACGUUAAUGAUUUGCUAAAAUUAGAAGAAACAAAAAAAAAAACCUUACCUAUUUAUGUUUCGAAAUUAAAAACAGAGAAGAGACAUACCUUCUCUGUUUUCAGUCUAAUGUUUAACUUAAUGAAACUACUUCAUCGAUCCUUCUCCUCGUUCCCCAACUCUCCUCUCCAAACCUUCUUACCAACAAUCCCUCAACUAUGUUCCAACGGUCAUCUCCAAGAAGCUUUGCUGGAGAUGUCCGCCUUAGGCCCCGAGAUUGGGUUCCAUGACUACGAUGCAUUGCUGAAUACAUCUGUGAACAAAAGGGCUCUUAGAGAAGGCCAGAGAGUCCAUGCCCACAUGAUCAAAACCCUUUAUUUCCCCUCUACAUACCUCCGAACUCGUCUGCUCAUCUUCUACGGAAAGUGCGAUCGUUUGCAAGACGCCCACAAAGUGCUCGACGAAAUGCCUGAGAAGAACGUCGUUUCCUGGACCGCUAUGAUCUCGCGUUAUUCUCAGACCGGGCGUUCUUCAGAGGCUCUCACUGUGUUUGCUGAGAUGAUGAGAGCCGAUGGGAAACCUAAUCACUUCACUUUCGCCUCUGUUCUCACCUCAUGCUCUGGAUCAUCCGUGGGUAAGCAGGUCCAUGGACUGAUAAUAAAGUGGAGUUACGAUUCUCACGUUUUCGUGGGGAGCUCUCUUCUUGACAUGUAUGCUAAAGCUGGUUGUAUUAAAGAAGCUCGCGAGGUUUUUGAGUGUUUAACCGAGAGAGAUGUUGUCUCAUGUACUGCUAUCAUCGCCGGGUAUGCGCAGUUGGGUCUUGACGAAGAGGCUUUGCAAGUGUUCCAGAAGCUGCUGAGCGAAGGGAUGAGUCCGAACUACGUCACUUACGCUAGCGUUCUAACAGCUUUAUCUGGACUUGCUUUGUUAGACCACGGCAAGCAAGUUCAUUGCCAUGUUUUGAGACGCGAGCUUCCUUUCUACGCUGUUCUGGAUAACUCUCUGAUCGAUAUGUACUCGAAGUGUGGGAGCCUCUCUUACGCUCGGAGGGUUUUCGAUGGCAUGCCUGAGAGGACAUCCGUUUCGUGGAACGCGAUGCUUGUGGGGUAUAGUAAACACGGUUUGGGGAAAGAGGUUCUUGAGCUGUUUAGGCUGAUGAGGGAUGAGAAGAGAGUAAAGCCUGAUGGAGUUACUCUUUUAGCUGUCUUGUCUGGAUGCAGCCAUGGGAAAAUGGAAGACACGGGGCUGAGUAUAUUUGACGGCAUGAGAGCGGGAGAUUACGGGAUCAAGCCUGACACUGAGCAUUAUGGUUGCAUCGUUGAUAUGCUUGGCCGUGCCGGUAGGAUCGAGGAGGCGUUUGAGUUCGUCAAAAGAAUGCCGUCGGAACCAACUGCUGGUGUCUUGGGCUCUCUUUUAGGAGCUUGCAGGGUUCAUUUAUCUGUAGACAUUGGAGAAUACGUAGGUCGUAGGCUCAUUGAGAUUGAGCCAGAGAACGCGGGUAACUACGUGAUUCUCUCUAACUUGUAUGCCUCUGCAGGAAGAUGGGAAGAUGUAAACAGUUUAAGAGAAAUGAUGUUGCGGAAUGCUGUAACAAAAGAGCCAGGAAGAAGCUGGAUUCAACACGAGCAAACCUUGCAUUACUUCCACGCGAAUGAUCGUACUCAUCCGAGAAGGGAAGAGGUGUUAGCUAAACUGAAAGAGAUACUGAUAAAAAUGAAGCAAGCUGGCUACGUUCCUGAUCAUAGCUGUGUGUUGUAUGACGUGGAUGAAGAGCAGAAGGAGAGGAUGUUACUUGGCCAUAGUGAGAAACUAGCUCUAACUUUUGGUUUGAUUGCUACUGGCGAUGGGAUUCCGAUUAAAGUUUUCAAGAACUUACGUAUAUGCGUUGAUUGUCAUAACUUUGCCAAGAUCUUCUCGAAGGUUUUUGAAAGAGAAGUGUGCUUGAGAGAUAAAAACAGGUUCCAUCAGAUUGUCGGAGGAAUAUGUUCAUGUGGAGAUUACUGGUGAAAAAGGCAUGUAAUAUUGGAUUCAGACAACAUCUAUAGGAAUAAAAAGUUGAUUUGAUUCUUUUA